UUUUUAUCACCUGUGUUUUAAUUUCAUUCAUACACGAUUCAAUCAUGACUAUGAAUGUGUGUUUCAUAAAUGGUUGUAUAUCCAUUAUUAUUAAUAUAAUAUUAAAAUUUUAGGAUUAUAGUGUUCUAUCUACACAAUGUCCAUCGAAACAACUGUCUAACCUUGACAAAGAACCUAUUGGUCUUUUUAUUUAAGAUUAAUAUUGAUAUUUGUCAAAAAUAUCACACCAUAUUAAUAUUAAUCUACACCACUCCAAGUUUCCUGACUUUAUAUUUAAACUAUUAUGGAACAUUCUUUUUCCAACGGAAACAGAAGUGUUUACGCAGGAGACCUCAUAUCAUCAGAACCUCAGAUAAAUUUUAACAUUAACAGACUCUAUGAAGAAGAAGGAUACACAGCCGCAACGCUGAACCUAAAUUGCGAUGUCCCUGAACUCAACUGUGUUGACAGAUUCUCUACAAUUUUACUCUCAAAAUCUGAGCUUGACCAACAGUAUGAAAGACCAUCCAAACUGAAGGAAUUCAAUGGGUGUCUGUCUCGUACCUCGUCGUUUGAACCACUGGAACGCGUUGAUGACAUGUCCAAUGUUACGUUUUUCAGGGACUUAAAACACUAUUUUACGAAUUCUCUAAUUGCCAAAUUGAAGAAAUUAGUAAAUCACCUCUACAAAAACGACGUUGCUCAUUACACUGUCCACAACGACUACAUCGUUCUCACAACAAAUGAGUUUAGGGACAGAGCCCUAUUCAUUUUAAAGUACCUUUCCUCAUCAGAAACCAACAUUGUUCAUUUGUUAGGGGAGCUUAGAAACUGUUACAAGGUCAUAGAAACAAGCGCAAUCCCAAGUAUUGGCUCAAUUUUGCACUCAAAUGGUUACUGUAAGCCCUGCGUGUUUGCGAACAAGAAGACGAACUACUGCAAAACAGGGUUUGGCUGUAACUUCUGUCAUUACAACCACAAACUCUCAAAGUCCAAGGGCACAACAAAAACCUAUGCAAAACUGUCCACAGAUAGUGACUUUUUCAAGAAGUUAAUCAGAAGUCCAAGGAGCCCCGAGUCAUCCACCUUAAUCUCAACUACCCCUGAAGAUUCGUUUUCAGUAGUAAGCUCAAUAGGGUCACUGAGCAUAAGUGACCACAAGUCCAGGAAUGAUUUUAGCUCUCAACUUUUAACAUACUCACACUCCGACUCAUUAACUCACGAAAACGGCAAGGCAAAUGGUUUUUUAGAAACCCGCUCCUUAAUAUGAUCAACACUCAUUUUAAAAAAUUUUAAUCGAAUUUUACGAUGAUAUUUGAAAAAACAUGAUUUAAUUUUUAAAAAAGAAUUAAGAAACGCAUAAAUGAUGAUUUGAAAUUGCAAAUGUGUUAUGAGAACAUUGUUUCAUGAUUCAUAGACUAAUCUUCUCUCUGAUAUGCGUUUCUACAGUCCAAAAUAGUUUAAUAUAAAGAAAAGAAAUUUAAAGUCACAUGAAAAUCAUAAAUUUGAAGGCCAAAACCAUAAUUUC